AUGUCGGAUUUCAAUACGGCGAAACCCCCGCCUCACUUCAAGAAGGAGGGAGUCUUUCACCGUUUGAUUGUCGAUGAAAAAGCCUUUCUCAUUCUUGGAAGAGAGGUUACCCCAUCUGCUUCCUCGUCCGCCGCCUACAUGGCUCGCCAGUGGCAAGACAUCAAAAAUCUCGGUCUUAAUACUGUCUUGCUCGCCGUUACAUGGGAGGUCUUUGAGCCGAAAGAAGGCCGGUUCGACAGAGACUUGGUCGCAAACCUGAUUGCUCAAGCUCGUGGGGUAGGUAUUCGAGUCAUCAUCUCGUGGUUUGGCUCUUUGAAGGGUGAUGUGUCAAGCUACACGCCCCAGUGGAUUAAGAUGGACCCUGUGCGCUUUCCCAAAAUGAGGUACAACAUCGACGCAUGGUUGACAGUGCCCACGCCCACUGUCUCGCUCUUUGGACCACAGCUCGUCAUAGCAGAGAAAACGGCCUUCGCAGAGUUCGUACAGCAAGUCAAAGCCGCCGACCCUGACUACGACACCAUCCUCAUGUUGCAAAUUGGCAGCGAAAUUGGCUACUUAGAUUGGUCCAGAGACGUCUGUGACGCAGCCUUGGCUACGUUUGAUAAGGGCGUUCCAGCUGACUACUUGGACUUCCUCGUCCAGUCUGGCUCAGUGCUUUGUUCUGCUGAGAGUCACGCCUGGGAGGAAUUCGCCAGUACUUCCCUAGGCACGGACGAGCUUUUCACCACAUAUCAUGUCGCCAGCCACAUCAACGCCCUGGCCAAAAUUGCCAAAGAGGCUUACCCUGUCCCGAUCAUUGUCAAUGCUGCUCUCGAACAAGCUGAAGGAAGGAAGCACGGCGGCCCUCUUCCUGAGACCUUGCACCUCUGGAAGCUCUUUGCGCCAUGUAUCGAUCUUUAUGCACCACGAUUGCUUGAUAACAAUUACAACGAGACUUGUGAGACCUGGGGCUCGGGUAGCGACCAACCUCUCCUUGUCCAGGCCCAUGGUCAAUGGGACACUGCGAGUUGCCAGCUUUGGUCUGCAUUUGGUUCUCACUACGCCAUUGGAAUCGUUUUUUCCAAGAUUCAAGACAUGAGCAAGAGGCAUGAAUCUAUCAUUGAGCACUCCACCCUACUCCGCCAAGCCGCCCCCUUCCUUCUGGAUGCCCAGGACCAAGGUCACCCGCAUAUUGGGUUCACCAAUGCUCAUGAUACGCGUCCGUGGUUGUUGGAUCCAGGCCCGCUCCAUCUUAUAUCUGGAGAGUUCGAGAUCACCCUGAAGAAUAGCUUUUGUUUGGCUGCAUGGGGCAUCAUGUACGGUCUUGCCAUCAGUCAGGGCAACGGCAAGCUUUUGCUCUUCGGUCGCAACUUCGAGGUUAAGGCCAUGUCUCGGAGUGAUGACGUGGCUUCUACCCGCAUUCUCAGCUUGCAUGAGGUGGAGGUCGAUGAGCAAGGUCGGUUGCAAGUUCAACGUACGUUCAACGCCGAUGAGACCAACGGCUCCAGAAUUGCCAGAAUGAGUCCCGAGGCCCCAAUGAUUGCGGAGCUUCAGUUCUAUUGUAUCAAGAAGUGA